AUGCAGGAAAGAGACGUCAUAACAUUCGAGCAAGCAUUUCCUUUAGCUCUGGAGCACAUGGUUUCAGAUCCUGUAACAGUUGAGUUUGGGUUCUACCUCCAAGAACAUUAUGCUAAAAGCACCAGGUGCUGGGCAUAUUUUUGCAGAGCCAACAGUGGUAUAAAUACAAACACGCAUAUUGAAAGGAUGCAUCGAACAAUAAAAUACAUAUAUUUGCUUGGUAAACGUGUAAAACGACUUUUUGACAGAUCCAUUCAUGCAUUAAUGAGCUUCGUCAGGGACAAAUUACAUGACAGGCUCAUAAUUCUGACCAAGGGAAAACUGAUAAACGAACUCCAGGGUAUUCGCUCAAAGCAUGACUUAAGUUCUAAGGUGGUUCAGGAACGCAUAGUUGAAGAAAGAAAAGGCAGGCUUGUACCAUCUACUUCUGAAGUGGACAUCACUUAUUUUGUACAGCAAAAUGUGCAAGACUGCGGCUGUAAAUUGAUUUGUAUUGACUGUCAGGCUUGCAUACAUCAGUAUAUAUUCUCAUGUGUAGAUUCGAGUAUAAGAUGGAACAUGUGUAAACAUAUUCAGUCUGUCUGCCUAUAUAAAACAAGACAGUCAUCCAGCUCAGUGAAUGUCAGUAAUUUUCGUGAUGUUAAAGAUGACGAAGAUAUAUUACAUAUUUAUGAAGAAGGGGAAUCAGCAGUAAGUGAAAAAGAAAGUAUAUUGGUCGAACUCAACAUUGGAAAUAUUGAAUCUUCAGAUUUAACUCAGGAGAAGGAGAAAAUGAAGAGAAAAUUUGCUGAAGUAAUUGACGCAAUAUCUUCUAAAGGGCAACUGGAAGUUUUAAAACGCCAGCUGUCAAGCUUGAAAGCUACAUUAGCUGCUGUUGACUCCAGUAAUGAUCAUAAAGGAAUUGGUCCCUGCACUGCUUCAUCAAGAAGGGAACAAAAUAUACAGCCUCAGAGAUGGUUGUUCUCUACAAAGAAGAGGAGGAAAAUAGUGCACCAUUUCUAG